AAGGGUCAAGAGGAGGUCCACUCUAAAGAGCUGAAGGUGAAGCUGCUGACUGACUCAGUGAACAGUUUCAUCUCCAAAGCCCCUCCAGCUGCCCACGAUGCCCUCAAGGCAGAGCUGGUCGUGCUGACCGCUAACUACCAGAGACUCUGCAGCCGCCUGGACGGCAAGUGUAAAACCCUGGAGGAGGUGUGGGCGUGUUGGUGUGAGCUGCUGUCCUACCUGGAGCAGGAGAACGGCUGGCUGGACCAGCUGGAGCAGAAGUUAGACGAGACAGAAAAGCAUCCCGGGAGGAGCAGAGGAGCUCUGUGA